AUGCCUCUCCACGGCAACUUCCCUGCUUCCAGCAACACCACCCCACCUGUGUUUUUCCUGACUGGCAUCCCUGGGCUGGAAGCUAUGCACCACUGGAUUUCCAUCUCGUUCAGCACAGUGUUUGCCGUAGCCCUUCUUGGGAACAGCAUCCUCUUGUAUGCGAUAAAGACAGAGCCCUCUCUCCACAAGCCCAUGUUUUAUUUCCUUUCCAUGCUGGCUGUCACUGACUUGGUGCUGUCCCUGACCACCAUGCCCAAGAUGCUGAGCAUCUUCUGGUUCAAUGCCCAGGAGAUCACCUUCCGUGCCUGUCUUGUGCAGAUGUUUUUCCUUCACUCUUUCUCCAUCAUGGAGUCGGCAGUGCUGCUGGCCAUGGCUUUUGACAGGUACAUUGCUGUGUGUAACCCCCUACGAUACAGCUCCAUCCUGACCAACUCCCUGACGGUCAAGAUUGGGCUGUUGGGUCUGGCCAGGGCAUCCGGACUCAUGUUGCCCCUGCCCCUCCUCCUCCACCCCCUUCCGUACUGCCGCUCCCACAUCAUCUCCCAUUGCUACUGUGAACAUAUGGCAGUGGUGAAGCUGGCCUGUGCUGACACCAGGUUCAGUAACAUCUAUGGCAUCUUUGUGGCUCUCUUUAUCGUAGGGUUGGAUUUACUGUCCAUUGGGCACUCCUACCUCAUGAUCCUGAGAACUGUGCCGAGCCUGGCGUCCAGGGAGGAGAGACUGAAGGCACUCGGCACCUGCUUCUCCCACAUCUGCGCCAUCCUGGUCUUUUACACCCCUGUGGUUCUCUCAUCAAUAAUACACAGGUUCAGUCACCACGUUGCCCCUCACAUACACAUCCUGAUGGCCAAUUUGUACGUUCUCUUACCUCCCAUGAUGAAUCCUAUAGUGUAUGGUGUCAAAACCAAGCAGAUUCGUGACCGGGUGCUCAUUGCGUUUUCUCGCAAGAGGCUCUAA